CGGUCGGGUAGAGGUGGAGAUUUGACAUCUCCAGAGGUUCACACAGCUGGACAUAUUGUAGUUUUAACAGCAAUUGGCACGGUGAUACAUGGAAAUACAGCACAAGACAAGCAUGAGGCAACACUGUGCUAUCAAGCAUGGAAUACUCAAGGAAUUCCUGGCAGAAUUCCUGGGGACAUUUGUCUUGGUUUUGUUUGGAUGUGGCUCAGUUGCUCAGACUGUCCUUAGUCGAAACACCCUGGGUGAGCCUCUCACCGUCCACAUCGGCUUCUCUGUGGGACUGAUGAUGGCGGCGUAUGUAGCCGGUGGAGUGUCAGGGGGGCACGUGAACCCUGCUGUGUCUCUGGCCAUGGUGGUUCUUGGCAAGCUGAAGAUCUGGAAGUUUCCCUUCUAUGUCAUUGCUCAGUUUCUUGGUGCUUUUGUUGGAGCGGCUGCAGUUUUUGGAUUAUACUAUGAUGCUUUCAUGGACUUCACCAGUGGGAUUUUUUCAGUGACGGGAAUCAAUGCAACAGGUCACAUUUUUGCUUCCUACCCUUCGAGACACCUGUCAAUUCUUGGAGGCUUUAUCGAUCAGGUGAUGGGGACAGGUAUGCUGGUUCUGUGUAUCCUGGCUAUCAUUGAUGGUGGAAACAUUGGAGCUCCCAAAGGUGUAGAGCCGCUGGCAAUUGGUCUGGUCAUUAUGGCCAUUGGUGUGUCCAUGGGACUGAACUGUGGCUACCCCCUGAACCCUGCCAGAGACCUGGGACCCCGACUGUUCACAGCUGUAGCCGGAUGGGGGAUGGAGGUCUUCAGCACGGCAGAAAACUGGUGGUGGAUCCCUGUGGCGGGGCCCAUGGUGGGGGGGCUGGUUGCAGCCCUCAUCUACUAUCUGCUCAUUGAGCUGCACCACCAGCGCGAUGAGCCCGAAAAGCCUCAGGAGGAGGAGUUGGAGGAGGAGGAAGAUGAGGAUGAAGAGGACAUCAGUCUGAAGGACAAAUAUGAGAUGAUCACCAUGAGCUAAAAAACAAAGACAUUCACCUCCAGCACUCACUGGUCAGAUUCAGCAGUUUUUUCUGUCAGUCAGGUGAAGAGCGGACAGACUUCCACUCUCAGUGUCUACACCAAUAUUGGACUGUCUCGUUUUAUGUUUCAUAAACACAUGAAUAUUUCAGCCUUGUGUGCUUCACAUUUUUAUGUACAUAUAUAAGUGUUGUAAAUACUGUAUUAUUGAUAUAGACCCGUUCUUUGGUUAUAUUCACAAUUGGUAAUGGACUAAUGGUUUAACAUGCCUGCCAGUCUCCUUUUAAGUUUGCUUCCAUUUUUUUCACUUAUCGUGAUGAUAUUAUCUGUACUUAAAACUUUUAGUUUGUUUUUUCUAACUCGUGAUUGUUUUGUUCUUUUGCAAACCACAAGGAACCCUCCCUCCCUGUUCUUUCAUAUUAUUUCUAUUUUACUCUGUGUUGUUUUGUCUACAAUAAAGUUUCUACAAAUAU